AGCAUUUCUUAAGUCUCCCUAAGCUCCUCUUCCUCUUGCUGUCUCUGCAGUGCUAAGAGAUCAGAGAAGAGCAAAAGGCUUAAAUAUUUCAGGUCUGUCUUGAAAUGGGUCAGGUCCUAUCUAACCUGUCAACAAUCUUAUUUGGAAGAAAAAAGAGAGCAGAGACAAAUGAUGAAGAGAAUGUAUACCAUUCGCUUGAUCACUGCCAAGAGGUGAAGCCAUUAUUUCAUCCUACCUCUGGAAAGACCAGAGUUUCAGAAAAAGAUGAAGGAUCAAUAGCUAUCAUUGUUGACAGUGGUGUUGAGGUUGUAGAAAAGAUUAAACAUAUUCUUAAUGUCUCUAAUGGAGGUAAGAUCAGAGUUCCCAAAGAUGGUUCAGGAUCGAAGGCAAAGAAAGGAAGAGUGUUGCAGAAAGAAAGAAGGAUAAAGCACUACUGCAGUAGCCACAAGAUCCUGCUGGUUGGGGAGGGAGACUUCUCUUUCUCUGCUUGUUUGGCCAAUGUUUUUGGCUCUGCUGAUAACAUGGUUGCCACUUCUCUCAAUUCAGAAGGUUUCUUACAGAAAAACUACGGCAAGGCCAUGUCCAACAUCAGUGAUUUGAAAAGUAGAGGAUGUAUGGUUCUUCAUGGAGUGGAUGCAACAAAUAUGUCAGACCAUAAGAUUCUAAAGAGUAUGAGAUUUGAUCGGAUUGUCUUCAACUUCCCCCAUGCUGGUUUCUUUAAUAAAGAGUCAAGGGAGACCCAGAUCAGUCGACACCAAAAGCUGAUCACCUUGUUCUUCAAGAAUGCCAAGAAGAUGCUUUGUGAAGAGGGAGAAAUUCACAUUUCCCACAAGUCAGUAGGGUUUCAUCUUAAAUGGAAUAUAGAAUCUCUGGCCUCACUUAAUGGACUCACUUUUAUAAAAGCAGUGGUAUUUAAUUUGAGUAAUUAUCCAGGUUACAAUACUAAAUAUGGAUUUGGAGGAGAUGGAAACUUUGAUUGCAAUCCUAGCAAGACUUACGUUUGGACUGUGAUAGAGACCAUGGAUGAUGAAGAAUACACUCAAUAGCAUUUUCAUGAAUGGGUUUGAGCAGUGAAUGAGUUACCAAUUCUUAUAGGUCCUCCCUAGCUCACUCUUCUAUGAGUUUGUGAAGAUCCUCAUAUUAUAGUAAUGCUUAAGAAGUUUCCUUCACAGGAUCUGUUUCACCCCCUCACUAUUCUUAGAUCUUUAAUGUUACUUUUUUCCUUUACUUGGCCAA